ACUGCAAUCAAUCCUAGAAAAGGCAGUCUACAGGGCGGUACACAAAUCACUGUUUCGGGACGAGGAUUUUCUAGUAACCAAUUUAACCAUUUCCCGGGAACAGAACACCUUGGUAACAAGGUAUUUUUUGUGAGCAAACAUUAUGUGUUUCCAUGUGACGUCAUCGUUGAAAAAACAGACACAUCACGCAUUGUCUGCAUCACAAGAUCCGGAAUGGGACAGGAUAAUUAUGAUGUCAAGGUGACUGUGGAUGGAACUGAUAUACCAAAUGAAUGUCGAUCAUCAAGUGACUGCCAAUUCCAGCCAUCUUUGACAUCGACACCAACCGUCAGUGCCAUAACACCUUCGUCAGGUCCACCCGGAUCAUUGCUGACACUGAAAGGACGAAUAUUCACCUCAAAGUACGGCUUAAAUGCGAGUACAAAUGGAAACUCAAACGAAAUAUCAAGAGUGAUGGCAGGUGGUGAUACAUGUGAUUUAAAGUCUCCCGAUGGUGAAAACUAUGGAAUCCUUUUAGACAGUAACGGACGCAGUGAGAACGGUUUCAUGACCUGCAGGAUAAGUGCAUCAGGAUCAAAAACAGGAAAUAUCAAUGCCAGUUUUACGUUGUUACCUUACGGAAGGUCAAAACCAGAUUUGAAUCUGUACAAGAUAUCACGAAACGGCCAGAUUUUCAUGUUCCAGAGCUAUUCAGAAAUCCAUUCAAUCUCUCCAACCUUAGGCAGCACAGAGGGAGGAACAAUGAUAACAAUAUCAGGAAAGUUUUUUGACGAGACAAGAUCAGAAGCUGUUGUCAAAGUUGGGGGUACAGAUUGUGACGUGGUACAUCUAAAUGACACAGCUAUAAUAUGUCGGACCGUCCGGAAACCAGAUACUAACCAACAGAUAUAUCCCGGAAACAGAGGCAUUGCUGUGGAAUCAUGGAACGAAACAUUCGGUAGUGAAAUACAUCUGCAGAUGAUAAGAAACUUUAACGAAAGUUUGCCGGAUUAUCAGAUGAAGUUUUCUGAAACAACACGCAUCCCCGGAAACAGUGCUUCUGGUAAUUAUGUCAGCCGAAUGAAAGUUUUUUUUCUGCCCCCGUUUGAUGGAGAGUAUCAAUUCAUUCUGACAUCAACGAGAAACGCCGAAUUCUACCUCAGUAGAGAUGGAGAUCCAGCAGGAAUGCAAUUGAAAAUAAGUAGUUAUAGCGGCUAUGCUACAAUGUUACUACACUCAAAUACAAGCUACUACAUGGAAGUGCUGUACAGACAAACUACAAACUCACGGGCCAUAAAUUUGGCGGUUCGAUAUUUAGAUAGCAAAGUCAACCACCACAUGGCUGGGAACGUGCUGCAAGAAGAACAAGAAAUAAGUAUAACAUCAUCUAUUCAAAAGGAGCAGCAGGCCAUUACCAUAUUAAACGUCAUCAACCAAACGCCCAUCUUCGAAGAACAAGAAAUUAUCGUGGAGGAAUCAGGAGGACUUUCAGAGAAUGGAAGGUUUCGUCUUGGACUAUACUCAUUGUAUACGGAGAGCAUCCUAUUUGGAGUAUCAGCUAUUGAUAUGACGAAUGCACUGAAAUCCCUGCCAGUGUUUGAUGUGUCGGAGACCGUGUCCAUUAACAGGACUGCUCAUGGUCAAGGGUUCAAAUACACUAUAACGUUCAUAUCAGAGAGAGGUAACUUCCCCGAAUUGGAGUUAAAAACAUUAUCUGGAACAUUUACUGCCAGGAUAAAUACGACACGGGACGGGAAGCCCAGCGGUAAAAAAGUUGGACUUAUGAUGGCAGGUGUACCCGCGCCUCUGAUUGACAGCAAUGGAUCACAGUCACAGAUUUCAGAAGCUCUUGGUACAUUGUUUACGGUUCGAUGUCCAAGUUACUGGACCGACCCAAAAAGGAAAAUCAUCUAUCACAACAUGGAAGACUAUUCGUCUCUGCCGUGGUAUUUAAGAGGCUUACGAAAAAAUCAAUGGAACUAUGCUUGUUACAAUUUACAAGACAGUAUAACAACAAUCAUCUCUGACGCAUCCAUCAUUAUUCUGCACGGAUUGCAAAUCGGUUGUAAAGGGGAUGUUCUUGUAGAUGACGUUUACUUCGGGCAGCACGCUACAACGUUGGAUACAGAUGAUGCACACCUACGACGUCUCGUGUGCGCUCCCAAUGGGUACAAAAUAACUGAUGUAGAUGUCGCUAAACAUGGGGAUACGUACGACAUAUCCCUCACAACGGUUCUAGGAGGACACGGAUUUCCAAUAUUUACCGUCGACGAUACUCAGGUGCCACCAAACACAACCGUAUCGGUAAUAAGAACUGUCGCAGCGUCAACUCCUUUGAGUGGAACGUUUGAUCUGACUCUGAGAGGUCAGACAAUCACGUCCAUACCAGUAGGAAUCGGACGCAAUGACAUAACUGCAAUCAUAGAGGGAUUCACAGAUAUUGGUCUCGUUCUUGUAACUUCCACCGGUGACGGUGUGUUCAAUAUGUAUUGGAGGUUCCGCUUUGACACAUAUCCCGGAAAUCUGGAGCAAAUUCAGAUGAAUUCGAGUACUGUCUCUGGUGACAAUGUUCAGUCACACGUCUGGACAAUACAAAACGGACAAUACACCAUAGACCCUCUGUAUGGAGAAAUGCUAAUGACGGCACACGAAACUCCGCAGGUCACUGUUAGUAUAAAUGACGUUGCAUCAAAAUGCACCGGAAGCUGUACGUUCGAGUGGUUGCCUAGUAAAACACCUGUCUUGGACAACGUGACGCGUGUACAAGGUAUAUCGCAUACGAAGAUCCAGAUAUCUGGCAGCGGAUUUAGCGACAUCCCAAAUAACAAUAAUGUGACGAUAAAAGGGGUCGUUUGUAACGUCACUAUGGCAACUAAUUCAACGAUCACGUGUGAUAUUGACAGCAUACCUAGUGGCGAGCACAUUGUGGUCGUAAAUGUAUUAGGAAGCGGAAUAGCAAAGUCUAGAGACGGCAAUCUCACAAUCUCCUUCAAUACACAAAUCGACGGUGUCAACCCAACAAGAAGCGGAAUGGGAGGUUCUGUGAAACUGUCUAUCACUGGGAGUGGAUUCAAUAGGAAUUCGUCCGUGAAAUUGGGAGCUAAGACGUGCGAUGUACAGUCUGUGUCAACAACCAACAUUGUCUGCUUAGUGCCAUCCACGAGUACUGCCGAAGUAGUGCCUGUCACAGUAGAACAGAAUGGAGAACUACAGCUAACAGCAGACACAAAUUUUACCUAUGAUGAUUCAAAGACGCCUCGAGUGACUGGAAUAUCGCCCAAUUUACCAGGAGUAUCAGGUGGAGACACACUUAUCAUUGAUGGUGAUGGCUUUCAGAUGGGUGACAAUCUAACGUUGUUGGUAGGCAGAACCGAAAUCAACAUUACCUUCUAUAACAACACCUACGUGACGGCGGAAUUACCUCCCUGUUCUCCAGGAAGUCAUCACGUAAAAGUCAUAGCGGGAGACAACGGAGCAGGCAUGACAUUGAAAAACAAACUGCCUUCGAUCACAUGCGUCUUAGAACUAACCAGUGUCAAUCCACUUAGUGGUUCUCUGUUCGGCGGCACCAGCCUCACACUGGAGGGACAGGGAUUCACAUCGCUGACCAAAGUCAAGGUCGGAAACCACGACUGUGACGUAACAACAACGAAUGGUAGUUUUAUAAUUUGCAAGAUUACAAGAACGCGCACAAUACAUAGAGUAAACAACCACGGUAACCAUCCAUCUUUUGGGAAGUACUACUACUGGAGUCCACAGCAUAUAAAGGUCCUGGUAGGCGACAUCGUGCGCUGGGACUGGGACUUCCCGUUCUACAUCACGACAAUGAAACCAAAGGUUGAAGAAACUUACAACAUGACUACAAAAUAUGGAAAGUCUGGAGGGUUUACAAGUGGUGCUGGUUCAUCUACAGGAUCGUAUUCCCGUGAGUUCAGUAAGGCCGGCAAAUUUUACUACUGGAGUGGAAUAAUUGAUGAAUACAGUAUCACGUGGUUCUACGGAUCUGUCGAAGUUGUAGACGGUCCGUCCUUCCUCGCUGAUGUCAGUGUCACACAUGGUCAUUUCGAGGCUACGUAUAACGUAACAGACAGCACCUCCAUACCAGAUACCACGACAUGUUGCGAUACAACGGUAGGCAGAUAUAACUGUUCUGAUCCUCUACCGGUGGAUUCAUCAAAUCACACAAAAUUUCAGUUCGCAUUCUGGACAUGCAGAACACCAGUCAUCGAUAGCAUAAGUCGACAGAACGGUACUACUAAUGACGAAAUACUUAUAUCGGGUAACGGGUUCUCAGAUAAAAGUAGCUCAAAUAAUGUAACGUUCGGAGAUUAUAUAUGCAAAGCAUCUUACAGUUCAGUAUCAUCUCUGGCAUGCAGCAUUGAUCCUGAAAACAAACCAAGAAUCGGUCGGCCGCAAUAUAUAGACGUUCUUGUGAACAAUCUUGGUUAUGCCCAUGUCAAUGUGGAAGCAGAAAUUUCAAAAACAUUUGCAUUGUUUCCAGUAAUAAAUAUUAUUUCUCCAAACAACGGAUCUCUUGGAGGUUAUACACGACUAACAAUAUCGGGAACUGGAUUUGAAGAAAGGAUGGGAAGUAUCAGAUCUGAAGUCAAUGUCGGCGGUUAUCAUUGUGACAUUGUAUCAAGUUCUUACACAAAAAUAAUAUGCCUUACACCAAUGUCUUCUAGAGGGCAACGGGAAAUAUCCGUCAUUAUCCCAGCCGCCGGAAACACAAGGAUUCGGGCGGAAUGCAAUAAAUCGUGUCAAUUCGUUUACGAUGACUUGCUGACCCCGACAGUAACUGAUGUCAGUCCUAAGUCAAUAACAGGUGAAAACACAACCAGCGUCACAAUUGUCGGUACAGGUUUUGGCGAUGACAACACAAGUGUAUCUGUGGUUAUGACGUCUUCAGAACACCACCAUUGUGCUAUUACUGAUGUAUCAGAUUCAAACAUCACUUGUUUAUUAAACAAUUUACCUCUUGGUUCCAAUACAGUAGUGGUACAUAUAUCGCAUAAAGGUAGAGCUCGUGAAAUCAAUGGACCUGUUACUGUCGCAAGUAUAGCCAGUGUACAGAAUAUAUCGCCCGACAAAGGAAGUAAAUACGGGGGAACUGACAUCACUGUAACCGGAAAUGGCUUUCAUUCUGACGUAACUAUUGACAUCGACGGAACGCCAUGUUUAGUGCUACACAGAACCGUGUCGUCCGUUGUUUGCACAACUGAAGUCCACGCUAUUGGCAAUGCAGUGCUUACUAUCCGGUCGGAUGGACACCCAUAUCCCGAACAAGCUUUUACAUAUUCUGAAGAUGCUUCUCCUAGAAUAAUUACUGUAUAUCCUUCGUCUGGGACGAGUGGGGAAAACAUCACUAUCUCCGGCUACAAUCUAGGAACAAUAUUGAACCAUACAAGUGUGUUUGUAGGGGAGACAAAUUGUGAAAUAACUGCAGUAAAUGAAACGGAAAUAAACUGUACUGUCGGGGAGAACCGCGCGGGAAAAUACAACAUAUGCGUAAAUGUGCAUGGUUUAGGGAAUUCAAAUGCAGAUGCAACAUUUACGUUCAGCAUGUCGGUAAAGGACAUUACACCAAGAUCGGGUAGUGUAGGCGGGGACCAGACUGUCACAAUACUCGGUACCGGAUUUGACGAUAACAUGAUGGUUACUAUAUGUGAUCGUAUCUGCAACAUAUCGGAGAGGAACACAACAGAGUCUAUGCAAUAUGUUUGUCAUACGCCAUCCUUGCCAGAUUCCUCACUUAAGAAUUGCAGCGUUCAUGUAACGGUUAACAACGUGACUGAAACACUAGCGGAUGCUUACACUUACGAUCCAGUUUUAACGCCAGUCAUUGAUGACGUCACACCUAAACGUGGAGGCACCCAAGGUGGAACCCGCAUAACGAUAUCGGGAUCAAAUUUCGGAUUAACAGAAGAUACAACGUUUGGCUGCACGUCUUCAGUGACGAUUGCUGGAACCUUGUGUAACAUUACGUCAUGGACAAACACACGGGUAGUGUGUGUAACAGAGGCUCAUUCGAGGUCGGAGAGGGCUGCUGUCAGACUGGAGACAGGCUGUAAUGGAAAGGCAAAGGAGAACAAUGCGAGAUUCCACUUUGUCGACGUGUGGUCUUCUGUGUAUACAUGGGGAGGACAGGCACUUGGUCUGCCCAAGGCUGGAGACAUCGUGGUCAUCCAAAAGGGUCAGACAAUUUUGUUUGAUACCAAUACACCGGUCCUCAAGAUGCUGGUUAUACAAGGAGGAGAGCUUGUAUUUGAUGAAGCAAAUGUGGAACUGCAGGCAGAAAACAUACUGAUAACAGAUGGUGGUCUACUACAGGUUGGUACAGAAGCUGAACCAUUUAAACACAAGGCUAUUAUAACAUUACAUGGUCACCAUCGAUCCAAGGAGCUACCGGUAUAUGGAACAAAGUCGCUCGCUGUUCGGGAGGGCACACUGGACCUACACGGACAACGUACAACCGUCACAUGGACGAAAUUGGCACAAUCUGUCGAUGUAGGGAACACGACAAUAAUUCUGCAACACGAAGUCAAUUGGCGGAAAGGUGACAUAAUUAUAAUAUCAACAACAGGAGGCAUUCAUUCUUAUUCGGAGAGCGAGAAGUUGACUAUAUUAUCGGUUGCUGUGGACAACAAAACAAUCACACUCACCAGCCCACUAAACAACGCUCAUCUCGGGCUCUCUGAACUAGUGGCUGGCUGGGAUCUUGAUUUCAGCGCGGAAGUUGGCCUGCUAACCCGUAACGUGGUUGUGAGAGGGCGCAGCGAUCCCCAGUGGAUUAUGAACGUAGAAUCGUGUCCAGAUGAUUUUGAUUCGGGAAACUUAGCUUUGCAGAAAUGCGCACAGGGCCGAUAUGGACAGGAAAUGGGAAGUGAUCAAUUUGGUGCGCAUGUGAUAAUUCAUACAACAGAUCCAACCAAACAUUUAACAACAAGUCGCGUAGAGUUUGUUGAGUUCGUCCACGUCGGACAAGCCUUCCGUCUUGGUCGGCAUCCUAUCAACUUCCAUAUGACUGGUGACAUGUCUAAGUCGUAUGUUCGUGGAUGUGGAAUUUACGACACGUUUAAUCGAGCUAUCAACAUCCGUGAUACACACAACCUUCUUGUGGAGAGAAAUGUGAUUUACAACGUAAACGGUGCGGCAAUAUAUUUGGAAGAUGGAACUGAGACUGGGAAUCUAUUUCAAUACAACCUUGGCGUGUUGGUGAAAGGAAGCUCACAACUAUUGAACGACGAUAUCUCAGCAGCAACGUUUUGGAUCACAAAUCCAAACAACACUUUUCGUCACAACGUUGCUGCUGGUGGAACACAUUUUGGAUACUGGUUUUAUUUGGAAAAUAUCGCAACGUCCUCUUUAAAUGGCAGGUAUAGACCGCAAUAUACCCCUCUCGGUGAAUUCAACAACAACACUGCACAUUCCUUAGGAUGGUACGGCUUAUUGAUCUACCCCAUAUAUACUCCGCGUGUGAUGUAUUCAUUCAACUCAUCACCAUCAUCUCGGAAGGCUGCAGUAAUAAAUAAUAUGUACGUGUGGAACUGUCGCAAGGGAAUCGAGAUAGCCGAUAUAGGAGCCGUACAUAUCAAGGGUUUCAUUGCUGUAAACAAUGUGUACGCUGGAUACGAAGGUAAAAUGGUAGUAGAAGGAAAUCAGUAUACUGACGAUGGACCAUUAGUUGAGAACUCUCUAAUCGUUGGCUACGUUCCGAGUAUGCCAUCACAGGGUUGCACGAAUUGAGGUGUUGUAUCUCCCUACAAGUUUGG